AUGGGUUUGUGCUUGGGACUUCCUUCAUCAGAGCUGAAACGAAAUCCCGUGCCUACGUCAUAUGACCGCAGAACUCUGGUGAAUGCUGUUCUGCUGGAAUUUUCCAAGACCUACGGUCGCACCGUUCACCGUCCACUCCGCAUAUUUAUCAAUAUGGAUUCAGUGGCUAUUCCCUUCAUUGGAUUCAGCGUCUCACUGGCAGACGAUGAGCAGCAUCAGUCAGUGGAGUUCCAUACGUCGCAAAGGAAGUCACAACUGGAGUUCCCCGAGGGUCAGCACUGGGACCGAGAUGCAUCCUCUUUAUCAACGAAUUACGGCCGAUUAGAAUCUAACCAUAUAAUAAUCUCCUUUGAUGACGUGAAGGUCUGGCCGGGUACCAACCCGAAACAGUGUUACAGCUAA